UCCCUAUAUAAAGGCAUUGAGACAGAUAGCAAACUCACAAGUAGAGCAAGAAGCAAAAGCUCAUUUUACUGAACUUGGAAUAUUCCUCUCCCUUUUUUUUCUCUCUUUGCUUCUGUGCCUCUUCUUUUCAUAACCCACAAUGGCAGCAAGUUCCUCAGUUCUAAUAUUCUUCUUCAUGUUCCUUGCUAUAUCUUCAGCCUUCCCAAAAAACAAAGACAAGUACAAACCAUGCAAGCACUUAGUGCUAUUCUUCCAUGACAUUAUCUACAAUGGCAAAAAUGCUGCCAAUGCUACAUCUGCAAUCGUAGGAGCCCCUCAAGGAUCCAACCUAACCAUCUUGGCGCCGAAUUUUCAUUUCGGGAACAUAGCGGUUUUCGAUGACCCCAUUACACUCGACAACAACCUGCACUCCAAACCUGUUGGCAGGGCACAAGGGAUGUACAUAUAUGAUACAAAGAACACAUUCACUUCUUGGCUUGGCUUCUCAUUUUCUCUAAACAGCACAGACUACCAAGGCACAAUAAAUUUCAUCGGAGCCGACCCCAUUAUGAUUAAAUAUAGGGACAUAUCCAUCGUGGGUGGCACCGGAGACUUUUUCAUGCACCGGGGAGUUGCAACCAUAGACACGGAUUCAUAUGAAGGUGAAGUCUACUUCAGGCUCAAGGUGGAUAUCAAGUUCUACGAGUGUUGGUAAAUUUGAGAUUGUUAAAUAAUAUAUAUAUAUAUAUAUAUAUUUAGUAUUAUGAGUUUUGGUAUGUGGGAGUUACUGAGAAUGGUCUUCAAAUAUGUUCUGUUUCAUGGAAUGCUUAAUUAGAGUUUGCUAAGAAUGAACUUGUAGUCCCUCAAUAAGUGACAUGCUUAAACAGUCACCUUUGUAAUUUCAAUCAUUUUCCUUGCA